CAAUAUGGCAGUGUUUUUGUUUAAAUAAAAUAAAAGAAUUAUAAAAAUAAAUGAAAUAAAAUAUAAAAUGGCGGAAAAUGUACACUGUUGGUUUUCUGGACGUUUCGUUUUGAUUGCGGUCGCUUUAAGCAGUUUCAGAUGCGCCACAGGACAAACCAGGAAUAACGAAGUCAUCAUUGUCAAGGAAACAGAACCCGUAGGUCACGUGAUAGCCAAUCUCACCGGAAGCGGAAACUGCAACGUGACGUCAUACACACCCAUUCGUUCCGAUCGCUAUUUCAACAUGAUUGAAAAUUUCCUUACGCUGAAAGAAGAGUUGGAUUUGGACGCGGGUCUCCAAAGUCAGCUGGAAACUACGAAUAUCACAGUGAAAAUCACAUGUUACAAAAGCAGCCACACGCUACACGUAUUCAUUGAGCCAGUCAAUGAGUUCCCGCCAUUCUUUCUCGAUCGUCCGUAUUACACAACCAUCCCCGAGGUAUAACCAGAACUUGUUUUCUUUGGGGAAGAUCUAAAGAACGCUUCCACAGUGGGGAAUCCAUGACCUCUCCGUUUUUAGGCGGACACCGUAUCCACUUUGUCACGGCGACCUUCAGUUAUUUAUUUA